CGAGUUCUGGCGUUUCCUCACCUGCUUCUUCCCCUGGCAGGUGUCUGGUCUCGCUGUGAAGGGAUUGAGCCAAUUCAAUUGCAAAACAAAUGUGCCAGGUUCGAGAAAACCAGCAGUUCGACCCUGGCUCGAUCACCUUGCGACAUCGACGCCUUUUCGGCCCUGCUGUCCCGCGUCGGAGGCCUCUGAAGGCUUUCGGGUAGUCACUGCCCACCUCCCAGGCCGCCACAAGCUAUACAGCUUCACACCGAUUCUGCGACACACAGCUACGCUUCAACACUUCCUGCGGUAAGUAAGAUGCGGGUGUGUGCAUGCUCUUUAUCCCUGUGUUGUGUGGUCAUCGAUGCAGGUCAUCGUCUGAUCUGAUGCCCCGCUCCGCCCUGCAUCGUUUGUCCCAGCACUUGUCGCCCGUCCGCCGCCUGGCCACACACAUUCAGCUCUCGCCCGCCGGCAGACACGCAUGGAAGACACUGACUGCAUCCCACUGGCAGCAGCUGGCCGCCCGCGGCACGACAGGGUGGCAGGCCAACAUCGAGAGGCGACUGGUGGAUCUUGAGAGGCAGCACGGCACCAAGCCGGCCAUGGGUGUCAAGACCGAGCCAUUCGACGACGAGAUGGCACUCACGGUGGGCACCUGCAAGAGAUAUCUAGCGCAUCAUGACGAGACCGAGGCCAUCAUCAAGAAGGUCGAAGAGCAUCUGCGGCGUAGCGAGCGUUUCAAGAAACAAAUCGCCGGUAUGUGCGGGAGCUUGUCGACGUGGGGAGAAUCUAUUGAGAGAAGUGAGGAGAGACUGAUGGCUGCAAAGAACCGGCUGGGGAAAGCAGCAAGUUGCGAGGUCCAGUCUUCUCUCAAUCAGCAGGUGGCCCAUGGGGAUGCCAGGGCAAAGCCUCUGAAGGAGCGGCUGCGUCGGGAUCCGGUGGGCAACGCUGACCACACUGCCAAGCGAGAGCAGGUGGACUUAUUUGAGUCACGUUUUCCUCAGGUUCUGCUGUGGUUCUGCUGCAUCCCACUCGGGCUGAUUUUGUGGCGCUUACUUUGCUGGUCACUGUAGUGCUUUGCUGGUCACUGUAGUGCUUUGCUGGUUACUGUAAUGCUUUGCUGGUCACUGUAGUGGACUCUUCAGUGAAUGUGAUUCUAUCUGUCGGAGCGUUCAGGGCUUGUUUCAGCGUGUAGGGAAUGAAACAUGGCGUGAUUUCUGUGUAGUACUUUGUGGACUGGCAGCAUCCUUCCCUGCGCUGGCUGGCUGGACUUAUUCGACAUGCCUAGAUGGAUGGAUGGAUGUACAAUCGGUGAGGUCGCAUGCGUCUGUCGUUGAGUGCCGAUCUGGUAGCGGUAGGCUUCUUGGCGUGGAUGGACGAGAACAGGGGUUUGUGGGGCAAGACAACGAUGGCCAAUUCAAUGCCAUGUACAAUGAUCAUAUUCUAGUAUACACGCAGGGGCCAUUCUCGACGUGAUGCGCUGCGCAUGGUGGAUGGCAACACACAAAGUACACGCACGCCCAGCCAGCGCCCUGAUUCAUGUGUGAGCUUUUCCCCUACCUACCUAGUGCUUCGGUACCUUUUGGCGGCUUGGCUUCAGUUAUUUUUCACCCAUGUGUGCGUGCGUGGGGGAAUCAAUAGCAUUAAGUUUGAAUUGAUCUCGUCCCGUCUCCCUUCCCCCCCACCCCUCUCUCUCAUGGUUUUCCCUCCGUGUGCGUGGGUGUCUGUGUGUGUGUGGAUGUCCACAUAUCGCGCCCACACCGAACAGCAGGACACCUUCUCUGUCUGUGAGACAUUUGCUCUUGUGUGUUCGUAAUGAUAGUACUGCAUCUGUGUGCGUCAGCCCAUAAAUUAAC